GGAUGAUGUCCCAGUCCACCGCCACCGACCAGGGGGCCACAUUCGAGAACCUCUGGAGCUCCCUGGAGCCCGACAGCACCUACUUUGACCUUCCCCAGUCGGGCCGGGGGAGAAAUGAGGAGGCCGGCGGCGCGGAGGCCAGCAUGGAUGUCUUCCACCUGCAGGGCAUGGCCACCUCGUCCGUCAUGGCCCAGUUCAAUCUGCUGAGCAGCACCAUGGACCAGAUGAGCGGCCGGGCGGCCUCGGCCAGCCCCUACACCCCAGAGCACGCGGCCAGCGUGCCCACUCACUCCCCGUACGCGCAGCCCAGCUCCACCUUCGACGCCAUGUCGCCCGCCCCUGUCAUCCCCUCCAACGCCGACUACCCCGGUCCCCACCACUUUGAUGUCACCUUCCAGCAGUCCAGCACAGCCAAGUCGGCCACCUGGACGUACUCCCCGCUGCUGAAGAAGCUGUACUGCCAAAUCGCCAAGACCUGCCCCAUCCAGAUCAAAGUGGCCACCCCGCCGCCCCCGGGCACCGCCGUCCGCGCCAUGCCCAUCUACAAGAAGGCGGAGCACGUGACCGAGGUGGUGAAGCGCUGCCCCAACCAUGAGCUCGGGCGGGACUUCAACGAAGGACAGCCCGCCCCGGCCAGCCACCUCAUCCGCGUGGAGGGCAACAACCUCUCGCAGUACGUGGAUGACCCCGUCACGGGCAGGCAGAGCGUCAUGGUGCCCUAUGAGCCCCCACAGGUGGGGACGGAGUUCACCACCAUCCUCUACAACUUCAUGUGCAACAGCAGUUGCGUGGGGGGCAUGAACCGCCGGCCCAUCCUAAUCAUCAUCACCCUGGAGACCCGGGAUGGGCAGGUGCUGGGCCGCCGGUCCUUCGAGGGCCGCAUCUGUGCCUGUCCUGGCCGAGACCGCAAGGCGGACGAGGACCACUACCGCGAGCAGCAGGCCCUGAACGAGAGCGCGGCGAAGAGCGGCGCCCCCAGCAAGCGCGCCUUCAAGCAGAGCCCCCCUGCCAUCCCCGCCCUGGGCGCCAGCGUGAAGAAGAGGCGGCAUGGGGACGAGGACAUGUACUACAUGCAUGUGCGGGGCCGGGAGAACUUCGAGAUCCUGAUGAAGGUCAAGGAGAGCCUGGAGCUGAUGGAGCUGGUGCCCCAGCAGGUGGUGGACUCCUACCGGCAGCAGCAGCAGCAGCAGCUCCUCCAGAGGCCGAGCCACCUGCAGCCGCCGUCCUACGGGCCGGUCCUCUCGCCCAUGAACAAGGUGCAUGGGGGCGUCAACAAGCUGCCCUCAGUCAACCAGCUGGUGGGCCAGCCGCCCCCGCACAGCUCGGGGGCCGGGCCCAACGUGGGGCCCAUGGGCCCCGGGAUACUGCCCAACCACGGCCACGCCCUGCCGGCCAACGGGGAGAUGAACGGCAGCCACGGCUCCCAGCCCCUGGUCCCGGGGACCCACUGCACCCCGCCUCCCCCCUACCACGCGGACCCCAGCCUGGUCAGUUUUUUAACGGGACUGGGGUGUCCGAACUGCAUUGAGCACUUCACCUCCCAGGGGCUGCAGAGCGUCUACCACCUGCAGAACCUGACCAUGGAGGAUCUCGGGGCCCUGAAGAUCCCGGACCAGUACCGGAUGACCAUCUGGAGAGGCCUGCAGGACCUGAAGCAAGGCCACGACUGCGGGGCUCAGCAGCUGAUCCGCUCCAGCAGCAACGCCGCCACCAUCUCCAUCGGCAGCUCCGGGGAGCUGCAGCGGCAGCGCGUGAUGGAGGCCGUGCACUUCCGCGUGCGCCACACCAUCACCAUCCCCAACCGCGGCAUCCCUGGCGGCGCGGGGGGCGCGGGCCCCGAUGAGUGGGCGGACUUUGGCUUCGACCUCCCGGACUGCAAGUCCCGCAGACAGUCCAUCAAGGAGGAGUUCACGGAGGGGGAGGCCAACUGACCGCGGGAGGGCGCACCGGAGUGCGGGGAGCCGCGCCAGCGCCCCUGCGGGCUGCAGCCAGAGAAGCCUGGCUUUACCUCUUCCUUUUUGUCAAAAACUGCCCCUGGGGCUGUGCCCGGGAAAGGCCAAGUCCAGCCUUCCAGGGCCGGAGAGGCCGUGCAGGGAGGAGCUUGCGCGGCGCGCGGAGGGCCGGCGUCCCCGACCAGCCGGCCGACCCAUCUCCUCCCUGCCUCAUCUUCCUCGGGGACUCUGCUGCUCAGGCGAGAGCCUUGGGAAUGACAGGACGGCCUCUGCUGACGGACUGCCAAAUAGUAUUCUUUGAUGUCUUCUCAUCUGGGUAGCAACGAGGAGCUUGGGGAUUGUGUCCGAAACAUUUAUUUUCAGGGCGCUGCUCCAGACAGGCUCUGUCAAGGCUGGGCCCUCGGCUGGACUUGAGGGUCAGCCCAUCCCUCACACACUUGACAACCAGUUCCACCCCCAGGGCAGCUGCCCUCCACCUCCUGGACUGGGAGGUGUUACCAAGUACUGGGUCCCUCCUAGGGGGCUUUUGGGCGAUGCCCACCGGCCAAGGCCCCUGCCGGCAUCACUGGCCAGUCACCACUCCUCGACGAGCA